UCUUCGGGUGCAUCAAUGGCGAGGCGUGUGCAUGUACCGCAGCUACAAAGGCUAUUAGCGACCUCAUCCCCACGGCCAGCACUCGAUGCACAGGCAACAGUUCGGUGCUUUUCCGCAGUCCACAGGCCUCGACCAAACUAUGAAGGCCAUAUACCGCUGACGCGUCUGGAGAGACUGGGUCUGGCGUUGGGCUCAGGCAUCGGAAGCUUCAUAGAUCCCAGACGAGGCGAUCUCGUCGCAACCUUUGGCGAAGCUACCGCACAGCCCUACUUCAUAAACAAGCUCCGCAAUCGUAUGCUCCUCAGCCCUACAGGUCGCCGCAUACUACGAGACAGACCCCGCUUGACAUCCACGUCCCUCGACAUACCACGCCUUCGCAAUCUUCCUUCCAACACGGUGGGCUACGCGUACGCCUACUGGUUAGAUCGCGAAGGCGUGUCGCCAGAUACACGAGCACACGUGCGCUACAUAGACGACGAGGAGUGUGCCUAUGUCAUGCAACGAUACCGCGAGUGUCACGAUUUCUACCAUGCUUUGGUUGGGUUGCCCGUGUUUCGAGAAGGCGAGGUCGCUCUGAAGGCGUUUGAAUUUGCAAAUACCGGCCUGCCGAUGACAGGUCUCGCUGUGUUUAGCGCGUUCACGCUGAAGAGGGCCGAGUGGGGGCGCUUUUGGGAUAUAUAUGGACCCUGGGCUACGAGAAACGGGGCGCAGAGUGACGAUGUGAUUAAUGUGUACUGGGAGGAAGAGCUGGAGACGGAUGUCGAUGAGUUGAGGACGAGGCUGGGGAUUGAGAAGCCGCCGGACCUCAGAGCGUUGCGGAAAGAGCUACGAGAGGCAAAGAAGAAGGAGAAUGAGGCCAAGGAGACCAUGGCGCGGGCUGCCGUGUGAACGAACGUGUAUGUAUACUAUUGUAAAGGCAUUCAGAUGUCAGUCUCCAAC